GCUCUUGUGCCUGGGUGGCGCCCUUUCCAUUCAGCUGACAACGCGCCUGAGUUUGGCGAUUGAAUUGAAGCAGGUGGCAAAGGGAGCUAGCCGUCGGACCUUUCUUUAUCGCACCCGCGACGUUGCCUUUGAAAUCUUGAGCCUUCUUUUCGCCGACUACACCACUUCGCCCUUCUCCUCUUCCCUCUCCCCAGGCUGACUGCCCUCUUCUCUCCCCUGCCUCGUUUUCUCCACUCCCAGCCGAGCCGGCCAUUGGAGAGAGAGGGCGCUUUUUCCCACGACGACUUCCAUUGGUAUAAGUCCUCGAUCUGACAAAUCCCCCACCACCCCGCGUCGCCCUCUUCGUAGCCAUCUACGUGCUUCACCCGCCUGUAUCGCCAACUGGCAUCGUGGCAUCGGUGACAUCACCUGUGUCAAACAUCACCGGUUGUCACAAUGGCACGAACUAGAAGGUCGCUCGCCGCCGCGGCCAGUGACGCAGGCGACAGCUCCCAGGCCACUGGGAACGACUCAUUUACAUCUGUGUCUGCACCUGCAGCAAGUAAUUCGUUGCCCGUGAAACGUGGCCGCGGUCGUCCUAGCAAGGCGUCCUUGGCUGCUGCCGCUACUGCCGCGGCUGCUGCCGCCAACGAGUCACUCUCCUCUCUUGGAAAUUCGACCUACUCGUCCGCCGACACGGCCUCAGGUUAUUCAACCCCCCUGACCAGCAAUGUCACCACGCCCGCACCAGUCGACAAUGCGAAAUCUACAUCCACUCGACCAACUCGCUCUGGCAAUCUCGACACAGUCAGCCCAGCUGUCAAGGGUCGUGGGUCUGCCACCACGUCGAACUCGAAGGCCAGCCGCCAGUCAGCGAACGCUUCUUCUAGAGCCACUCGAAGGAAUCGACUCGCCAUCGUUCCUGAUAGCGAUGACUUCGAUCUCGAAGAUGAUUCUUUGGAUGCCCAACGCAUUCGUUACGAUGAGGAGGUUGCUCGUACUCUCCAAAACGAACUCAACCAGGAGGUCGAAGGCUUCCUUUCUGACGACGAGGAUGCCGAGGAGCAAUUAAUGCCCGAGUCUGACAGUGAUGAUUAUGCCGCAACUGACCCCAAGGGUAAAGGCAAGGCAGUGGCUACCCGCAAAGCAUCUGGUACUCGAGCCGCGGCCAAGAAGCGUGUGGUCCAGGAUUCGGAUGUCGAUAUCGAUGAUGAAGACGACGAAGAUUCUGACUUCGCCGACCUGGCCCCUCCAGCCAAGAAGCAGAAGACCACCGUUAGAAGUCGCGGAAAGCAAGCCGAUACGAAGGGAAAGCAAGUUGCGGCUCCCAAUGCGUCAGACUCAGACGACGACUUGCCUUUGAGCAAGCGACAGAAUGGCCGAAAGGUAGCCCUCAGAUCUAGAGCAAAAGCUCAGGACCUUGCCUCAGGACUCGAUGAUGCUAGUAGCGACGGCUCCGAACUGAGUGAUGCGAAUUCUGUAGAUUUCACCGCGGAGUCAGACGACGAUAGUGACGAUGCUGACCCCUCGGCUGCGACCAACAACUCGACUAGAAUUCAGGGCGUGCAGCGCCGUGGUUAUGGCGCGUACGCCAACCGCAAGAGAAUUAGGACAGGCAGGCUUCAACUCGAGGAGCACCAUCCCACACUCAAGACGAUGUGGGACCACCUCAGGGACAUGCCUGUUCUCAAAGCCGGCAAGGCCGAGCAGCCGAAGACUAUUUCCCGAAUUCUCAAACCUUUCCAGUUGGAGGGUCUCGCCUGGAUGAAGGCGAUGGAAAAGACCGAGUGGAAGGGAGGCCUUCUCGGCGAUGAAAUGGGGCUGGGAAAGACCAUUCAAGCUGUCUCGCUAAUCAUGUCCGACUAUCCGGCCAAGCAGCCUUCCCUGGUCUUGGUCCCGCCCGUCGCUCUGAUGCAGUGGGUUUCUGAGAUCGAGGCCUACACUGACGGUACCUUGAAGACGCUCGUCUAUCAUGGAACCAAUGCGCAGGUCAAGGGCAAGACCAUCAAGGAGCUGAAGAAGUACGACGUCAUCAUUAUGUCGUACAACAGCCUCGAGUCCAUGUAUCGGAAGCAGGAAAAGGGCUUCAAGAGGAAGAAUGGGCUGCACAAGGAGAAGAGUCUGAUCCAUGCCAUUCAAUUCCACCGUGUCCUUCUCGAUGAAGCCCAUUGCAUCAAGACGCGGACGACAAUGACUGCAAAGGCUUGUUUCGCCUUGAAGGUUGACUAUCGGUGGUGCCUCACAGGCACUCCGUUGCAGAACCGGAUUGGUGAAUUCUUCUCACUCAUUCGCUUCCUCAACAUACGCCCUUUCGCAUCUUACUUCUGCAAGAACUGUACCUGCGAGUCGCUCGAGUGGACCAUGGACGAGGACCACCGCUGCACUCAGUGCAAGCACAACGGCAUGCAGCACGUAUCUGUCUUCAAUCAGGAGCUUCUGAACCCCAUUCAACGCUACGGCAAUAUGGGCCCUGGCGCCGAGGCUUUCCGGAAGCUUCGACUGAUGACUGACCGUAUCAUGCUGAGGCGCCUCAAGAAGGAUCACACCAACUCGAUGGAGCUACCCGUGAAGGAGAUAUACGUUGAUCGCCAGUUCUUUGGUGAGGCGGAAAAUGAUUUCGCCAACAGCAUCAUGACGAACGGCCAGCGCGAUUUCGACACCUAUGUCGCCCAUGGUGUGCUCCUCAAUAAUUACGCCAACAUCUUCGGUCUCAUCAUGCAGAUGAGACAGGUGGCUGAUCAUCCAGACCUGAUUUUGAAGAAGAACGCCGAAGGUGGACAGAACAUUCUGGUCUGCUGCAUUUGUGACGAGCCUGCGGAAGAAGCCAUUCGAUCUAGGUGCAAGCAUGACUUUUGCCGUUCUUGUGCAAAGAGCUAUCUCGGCUCACAGGACCAGCCGGACUGUCCCCAGUGCCACAUUCCGCUCUCCAUCGACCUGGAGCAGCCCGAGAUCGAGCAGGACGAGGCAUUCGUCAAGAAAUCUUCGAUUAUCAACCGCAUUAAGAUGGAGAACUGGACGUCAUCUUCCAAGAUUGAGCUGCUGGUUCAUGAGCUGCACAGGCUCCGGUCAGACAAGGCCACUCACAAGUCCAUUAUUUUCAGCCAGUUCACCACCAUGCUGCAGCUGAUCGAGUGGCGGUUGCGUCGUGCGGGUAUCACCACUGUGAUGCUGGACGGUAGUAUGACUCCAGCUCAACGCGCAGCCUCCAUCGAUCAUUUCAUGAAGAACACCGAGGUGGAGUGCUUCCUUGUUUCACUCAAGGCCGGAGGCGUUGCCUUGAACCUGACCGAGGCAUCUCAAGUCUUCAUCGUUGAUCCAUGGUGGAAUCCUGCGGCAGAAUGGCAGUCUGCUGAUCGGUGCCAUCGUAUCGGGCAGACACGUCCUUGCACCAUCACUCGCCUCUGCAUUGAAGACUCUGUGGAGAGUCGUAUGGUUCUACUACAGCAGAAGAAGGCCAGCAUGAUCCAUUCCACUAUCAACAAUGACGAUGCAGCCAUGGAGUCACUGACACCAGAGGAUCUCCAAUUCCUUUUCCGCGGAAACUGAGCGGCCAGCUUCGUGUCUUGACAACCAAGGGCCUGACCUUCAUCAUGCGAAGUGCAUGAUGUCUGCAAUCUUGGGGCCCCUCAGAGUGGAAGAAGAUGGCUGUUACCAUUUCAUGAGAGAGCUCACGCUCACGCUCACGCUUAACUUUGAUUUCCUUUCCCCCGAGCCCCCAGCUACUCUUCAUCGUUAUACAUCUCAUCGCGGAGGCGUUUUUAAAGAAAGGGCAAUGCGCUUUGACGCUGCUAUGAGGCAAAUGCCCUCAUGACGGGAUAUAGUGGUCUGGCGUUCUGAGGCAAGCCGAAAAAGUUGUGUGAUUCUUCAGCCCAGUCCGCUGGUUUGCCCAUUGGAAGUCCAUUUUUUUUGUUAGCCAGCGCUCUGGCCCAUCCUCCUGCCGAAGACGGAUAUAGAGCUUCACGCCGACCUUUGAUGGUCUGUUGCUUGUAGCUAUGGACAGAUAGCCCCUGAUUACGAAAUAGAUGUAAGAAUUUUGUGUGUAUAUCACGGGCUACCAUGGGCCCUAGAAAUGCUCAGAACGUGAUGCAGAGCCCCUAUGAACCCCUUAACUAGAUGCGGAUUUACUCCUGUCCUGAAGAGAUGUGUUGGAUGAAUUAUCUCAUACAAUCGCCAGCCCGAUUGACAGUAGUCUCCAGUAAACUGACGGCAAUUGACUGACUCCAGGCUUUUUUGAUGUUCAAGCGACAUGUAUCCACCCUACUGCCCAAAUUGCAAUUACACGCCGGGAACAAAUCAGACACCGGCGUUCAAGUGUGCCCAGCAAGCCUAGCGGUCUUCGCCAUCCCUCCCCCUCCCAAGCAUCACCUCGGCCUCGCGGACUUCCAUCCUCUCGUCGAGCAUAGACCCCGUCUCAUCCUCGUCGUCGGUACCCUCGUCGACCCCGCCCAGGUCAUCACCAUCAUCAUCAUCGUCGUCGUCGUCAUCGUCGUCGUCCACAUCCGCCCCGCCGUCGAGCUGCGCGGCCCCGAUGACGCCGCCGCCGCCGCCCGACGACGACGCGCCGGGCUUCCGCUUCUUCUCAAAGUCCUGCUUGUGCGCCUCGGCGAGGAUGCGCACGAUGCUCCGCUUGCCCACGGUGUCGGCGCGCUGGCGCCGCCGCAGCCGCAGCGAGUCCUCGCCGGGCGUCCGGCCCUCCUCGGCCACGUCCAUGGUGGUGGCUGCGCGGGCG